UCUUCAUCUUGUUUUUAAAAAAAAAAAAAUCCCACGUACUCUCCUGUAAACAGUAAAACAUAACUUCAUUCCGCUACAGCCAGAGUGGGAGACCAAUUCAGCAUUGAACAGCAUGGAGGAGAUUCGGCCUCAGCUCGUCAAUUGUGACCAGACAACUUAAAGUAACCGAGCCGGGCUACAGGAGCCUCGGAUAACACGUGUAGAUUGCUUUAGUUGUUUUACAGAGAUACAUAUCGAAAUCAGAAACAACAACAACAACAACACACACACACACACACGCACACGCACACGCACACGCACACACACACACACACACACCGAGCUGCCGGCUACAUCUUCUCCUUUUGGAAAGUGGAGAUGCGUUGCUACGCUGCCUUCAGCUGCCUGCUUGUGAGUGUGAUUCUACAAAUCGUUACACCCAACAGCCACAGCCAGCCCUGGCAAUGCGAGCGCCCGAAGUCGCCAAGUCAAAUGAACUCGUUUCUGUGGACGAUCAAGAGAGCACCCCCGUCCUACCUGUUCGGGACGAUCCACGUCCCCUACACCCGCGUCUGGGACUUCAUCCCUGAAAACUCCAAGAAGGCCUUCCAGCUGAGCAGCAACGUGUUCUUCGAGCUGGAUCUCACUGACCCCUACACCAUCAUGGCUCUCACCAGCUGCCAGCUGCUGCCACGGGGAGAGAGUCUGCAGAAGCUGCUGCCCCAGGAGCUGUAUCGCCGGCUCAAGAGCCACCUGGACUACGUCAAGCACAUGAUGCCUCACUGGAUGACCCCGGACCAGCGGGGCAAGGGGCUGUACGCCGACUACCUCUUCAAUGCCAUCGCCGGCAACUGGGAGCGCAAGCGGCCUGUCUGGGUCAUGCUGAUGGUCAACUCCUUGACCGAGGCAGACAUCCGCUCCAGGGGGGUCCCCGUGCUGGACCUGUACCUGGCUCAGGAGGCGGAGAGGCUGAGGAAGAGGACCGGGGCCGUGGAGAGGGUGGAGGAGCAGUGCCACCCACUCAACGGGCUCAACUUCUCACAGGUGCUGUUUGCUCUGAACCAGACACUGCUGCAGCACGAGAGCCUCCGGGCAGGCAGUGUGCAGGUCCCCUACACCACAGAGGACCUCAUCAAACACUACAACUGCGGGGACCUGAGCGCCAUCAUCUUCAACCACGACACCUCGCAGCUCCCUCACUUCAUCAACAGCUCCCUCCCCGACCAUGAGCGCAUCACAGCCCAGCAGAUCGACAGCUACUUCCGACAGGAGCUGAUCUACAAGAGGAACGAGCGCAUGGGCCGUCGCAUCACUGAGCUGCUCGAGGGCAACCCCGGGCAGGCCUUCUUCUUCGCCUUCGGGGCAGGUCACUUCCUGGGAAACUACACCGUGCUGGACAUCCUGAGGCAGGAGGGCUAUGAGGUGGAGCACACGCCUUCUGGACAGCCAGUCACAGAGAAGCCCUACCCAUCUGCAGGCAGCCCCUCAGAGACAGAGCUGCCCCCACUGAGGCACCCCUUGGGGACGGGCUUCCCUGAUGCAACACACCCUGAAGAGGAGCCCCUGACACCCCACCUGCUGCUCCCAGACAGCCUGAGCCAGCUGGAGGAGUUCGGGAGGCAGAAGAAGCGCCCCAAAAAACAGCAGCGGCAGCAGGGCAGGCAGCGGCAGUUCAACGACCUGUGGGUGCGCAUGGAGGACAGCACAAUACAGCUACCAAACAUCCGAACCACCAAGGGCACAGUGGAGGCCCCUUUAACAUCGCAGGAGCAGCAAAAACGAACAGAAACCCACAAUCUGCACCCCCCCAGAUGGGACCCCACCUCACCCUCGUCCCCCGCCCCCCCUGUCAUCCCCCCCCAGGUUGCUGUGGUCUGCCUGCUCGCUGUGCUCUUGCCCCAGCUGCUGCAGCCCUCCUGACCAGCAGAGAGAACCUCAACCUUGCAAUGGAGAGCAACUCAAAAAGACUGAGAAACUCACUGUACUUGGCUACUCUGUCAAGCAGGGACUUUUUUGUAAAAAAAAAAUGUUCAUACAAGAUAAUGUAUAUUUAUUCACCCUUAAAAGGAAAAGUUUAUUUUGUUGUGUUUGUGUUUUGAUGAAGAAAAAAGAGUGUUCUUCAGGCUGGAGGUUCUGCUUAGCUGCAUAGCCUGGCUCAAAAGAUACAUUAUUAGCAAUUAGUGUUUCAAUCAGUGGUUCUGUGCAAAUCAUUAAA